GGCUUGUGGCCCAGCGCGGAGUUCGCGCCGGCCCCGCGGUGUGUGUCGCAGUCGGUUUUCCUCGGCGGUUUGCGGGGCUCCGGCCAUGGCGGCCGCGGCGCCGGCUGCAGAAGGCGCAGACCUGAGCGCAGCUGCCGCGGCAGAUGCCUCCAGCAACGUGGAGUUUCGGGGAGGGGAAGGAGUUGGCUUGGCGGGCGCGGAGAGGGACGGACUCCCGGGAGGAGCGGAGACAUUGGUAGACAGCGAGGAGGACGGAGAGGAUGUUUUCGAAGUGGAGAAGAUCCUGGACAUGAAGACCGAGGGGGGCAGGGUCCUGUACAAAGUCCGCUGGAAGGGAUACGCGUCGGAGGAUGACACCUGGGAGCCCGAGGUCCACCUGGUGGACUGCAAGGAAGUCCUGCUCGAGUUCAGGAGGAAGAACACAGAGAACAAGGCCAGAGCCGUCCGGAAGGACAUUCAGAGGCUGUCAUUAAAUAAGGACAUAUUCGAGGCAAACUCUGACAGUGAUCAGCAAAGCGAGACGCAAGAAGAGACUUACCCAAGCAAGAAGAAAAAGCCGAGGCCGAGAGAAGAAAAAAACCUGGAGGAUGUGAAAAAGAAAAAAGCCAAGACCGGGAAGGGAAAGGAGCAGCCCGGCGCGGACCCGGAGAGCUCCCCCGAAAGGUUAGUUAUCGAUUUAAGGGCAAAGAAAAGAAUCUUGGAAGGCAAAGAAGAAUUAAAGGACUCCAAAAAGCCAAAAAAAGAUGAACUGAAGGAAUUGAAAAAAGCUAAAAAAGGUGAAUUGAAAGAUUUAAAGACGAAAGUAAGGGAAGAUCCGAAAGAAAACAGAAAAGCAAGAAAAGAGAAAUCUGCUGACUCUCCGUUUGAGUCUGAGCUCAGUGUGCUGCGUGAGCCCCCUUCUCACGAGGAGAGUCAGGAAGAAUUACAUCCGGACAACAGGGAUGAGAAAGAACCCAGAGGAGCCCAGGAUCCGGAGGAGCAGGGUGCGGAGCAGGAGGGCGCCUCGGAGAAAGAGGGGGACGGCGCGCUCAGUGCGGGCGAGGAUGCUGAGCGCAAAGGCAAGAGGGAGAGCGGAAAGCCAGAAAACAAGGGUGUUGGCUCAGAGAAGAAGGCUGUUCCUAAAAAGCAAAAACAAGGCAGUCAAGACAAGGGCAGAGGCACCGCAGAGUUAGACAGACUGACACCCAUGGGUGCCCAGAUGCAGCCCUCGUGGCCCACCGUGGCGGAGAGCGGCCUCAGGGCCUCGGAGUCAGUGGAGCAGGAGAAAGAGUCCAAAAAAAAAGAACCCAAAGAAAAAUAUCAAAAAAGGUAUGAUUCAGAUAAGGAAGAAAAAACGCGAAGAGAGCUGAAGGGCCUGAAGACACUGAAGGAAAUAAAAAAUGCAAUUGAUUUGCUUAAAAAAACUUCAGAGGAAAAAAACGAUGUGCCCGAAGAUAAUCGAAAAAAAGAAAUAGCAGCAGAUUGUAAAACCACAGCAGAGCAGCCAAGCGAGGAGAGCAGACAGACAGUUAAAGACAGGAGGGCCGCGCGGGAGGAGUCCGACACGUGGGCACACAUCGCCGCCGAGGGGGAUCAGGAGCUGCUGGACAGUGGGCUCCACCCGGACGAGAACCCAGACGGCAGGCAUCAGAGCUUGGGCAUGGACCUGCAGUUGGAGUGGAUGAAGCUGGAUGAUUUCCAGAAGCAUCUGGAUGGGGAAGACGAGAGCUUCACCUUAGCAGAUGCAAUUUCAAGCAAUUUGCUGAGAGACGCUGUCAAAAAUGGGGAUUACAUUACUGUAAAGGUUGCACUUAAUUCAAGUGAAGAAUAUGACCUGGACCAAGAGGAUCCCAGUGGGAUGACACUGGUCAUGCUUGCUGCGGCAGGGGGACAGGAUGACCUCCUGAGGCUCCUCAUCACCAAAGGGGCCAAAGUGAACAGGCAGCAGAAGAACGGGACCACCGCGCUCAUCCACGCCGCGGAGAAGAACUUUCUGACGACAGUGGCGAUUCUUCUAGAAGCUGGUGCUUUUGUCAAUGUCCAGCAGAGCAACGGUGAGACCGCACUCAUGAAGGCCUGUAAAAGAGGAAAUUCAGAUAUUGUACGACUUGUAAUUGAAUGUGGAGCAGACUGCAAUAUUUUAUCAAAGCAUCAAAACAGUGCUAUGCACUUUGCUAAGCAAAGCAACAACGUGCUUGUGUAUGAUUUGCUCAAGAGUCACUUAGAGACACUUUCAAGAGUAGCUGAAGAGACCAUCAGGGAUUAUUUUGAGGCUCGGCUUGCUCUGCUAGAACCUGUUUUCCCAAUAGCAUGUCACCGGCUCUGUGAAGGGCCAGAUUUUUCCACGGAUUUUCAUUAUAAACCUCCACAGAACAUACCAGAAGGCUCUGGUGUUCUGCUCUUUAUCUUUCAUGCCAACUUUCUGGGGAAGGAAGUUAUCGCUCGGCUCUGCGGGCCAUGCUGCGUACAAGCUGUAGUGUUAAAUGAUAAAUUUCAACUUCCUGUUUUUCUGGACAGUCACUUUGUCUACUCCUUCAGCCCCGUCGCAGGCCCCAACAAGCUCUUCCUGCGACUGACCGAGGCUCCCUCAGCCAAGGUCAAGCUGCUGAUAGGCGCGUACCGAGUGCAGCUACAGUGAGCACCAGGAAGGACUGCAUGAAGGCGCCUGCACACGUGGCCUGAACUCUGUCCCGGAAGCAGUCUGGGAUUCCUCUGGCUGCCUUACCAAUGUCCAGUUUUGUCCGUGGACCUCUUCCAUUUUAAACCUGUCAUCUAGAUUGCACUUUCCAAGAGGGGGCAUGGUGACUCGAACACAUGAUAAAAUACAGAUGUUAAGUGUUGGUGCCAGUAUUGUGAAUUUACAA